AUGACGCAACUAAAAAAUAUUGCUGCCUUAAUAUUUGUUUUUGGUGUUAUUAUUAGAUUUGGGGACGCUUGUAAUGGAUAUUCAUUGAAAAUCCUAAAAGCCAAAAAUUGUUUGGACGACAGCGUAAUAAAACUUCCCGAAAAGGACUUUGGAGUUACACUAGAUAAUGACUGUAAUCUCUAUGGAUAUGGAUGCCUUGAAAUCACUAAGGGAUUCAAAUCUGCAAAGACUACUUAUCAUGUCAAAAAACCUCCUCUGCCACAAAUGGAUGGAGAUAUAGAAUUAUGCGAUAUGACUGAUUUACUAAAGAAGUCACCAGACAUUGCAAAAACUUUGGAAGUAAUGGGUGUUCCUACAAAGUGUCCAGUGGAAGCUAAAAAAGUUUGCGGUAGCGAAGAUAAGAAAAUUAGUCUAGGAAAAUACAAGAACCAAAUAGGCAUGGGGGCUGGAAAAACGGACGUAAAACUCGAAAUAGAGCAUGAUACCGGAAAAAGUUGUAUCGAAUUAACAGUCAGCUUAAGCAAAGUUCGAAAAGGGUAAUUAGAUUUUAUUAGUGAAAAAAAAUAAUUCAUAAAUCUGCAUUAUGUUUUUACAU